AACCCACCACCCAAUCUUCAUCUUCAUCUUCAUCUUCAUAUUCAUAUCCACAAUUUUCCUCUUUGCGUCUUUCUCUAUCUACGCUAUAUAUUUGUAUCUGCACAACCAUUUCUCUGUUGCCUCAAUCAAAAAACCAAUCCCAGAAUGUCCUGCGCAUAAAUUCCCAUCAACGGAUCAGGUUUUUACAUUCUUUUCUUACUUGGGUUUCGCUUAUUUUCUCCCUCUUGUUUUGCUACAAGGAAAUUCUGCUUUAGCAAUAAAAGAAAAUUGUAGUCAGUGAUCUGUAUAACAUUAUAUACAUAUAUGCAUAUCCAUAAAUUUGUCUCUGUUUGGUGGGUCGAUCGAUGCUAAUUUGCCAAUGAGAAUUUGGGUUAUUUAAAUUUGAUUUCCUUUUUGUUUUGAGGACGUAAAUUGAAAUGGGUAAUAUCGGAAGUAGCAGUUUCAAUGGUCGCCGGAGGGAAGGAAUCCGGCGGAGCCACCCUCCUCCGCCCCCACCACCACCACCACCACCCUCCGCCGCCCUAUAUGUACACCCUCCGCCGCCACCACAACCUCCUCACCCCGAAAUUUCGGCUAACCGAUAUGUAUUCGCCGCCGCAACCCCUUAUCCUGUGCAAUACCCAAACCCUAACUCGAACCCUUAUUACCAUUACCCUGGUUACUACCCACCUCCACCGCCGGCGAUGCCGGUGCCGCUCCCUGCACCAUAUGAUCCCCACCACCACCACCACCACCCUCCGCCGCCCUAUAUGUACCCUUGUGGGCCUGUGAUGCCUCCCCCUCCACCCUAUGUUGAGCAUCAGAAGGCGGUGACUAUACGAAAUGAUGUUAAUCUCAAGAAGGAAACUUUGAGGAUCGAGCCCGAUGAGGAGAACCCGGGGAAGUUCCUUGUUGCUUUCACAUUUGAUGCCACGGUUGCCGGGAGCAUCACUGUUAUUUUCUUUGCAAAAGAGAGUGAAGAUUGUAGCCUUGCUCCAACGAAGGAAAAUUUGAUUAAACCAGUGACCAUGCAUUUCGAACAAGGUUUAGGCCAGAAGUUCAUACAACCCUCUGGAACUGGGAUAGACUUCUCAAUGUUUGAUGAGACAGAGUUAUUGGCGGAGGGUGAUAUGGAAGUGUAUCCUCUAGCAGUGAAGGCAGAGGCAUCCCCGGUUAGCCAAAAUGAAUCGACAGAUGAAAACCCAGAGUCUGGACCCACAAACUCACAAAUAACUAAGGCAGUGUUUGAGAAGGAGAAAGGUGAAUACAAGGUGAGGUUGGUGAAGCAAAUCUUAUGGGUAAAUGGGAUGAGGUAUGAGUUGCAGGAGAUUUAUGGGAUUGGGAAUUCUGUCAAUGGUGACUUUGAUGGGAAUGAUUCUGGCAAAGAAUGUGUUGUCUGUCUAUCGGAACCUCGGGACACAACUGUCCUUCCCUGCCGACACAUGUGUAUGUGCAGUGGGUGUGCGAAGGUUUUGAGGCUCCAAACAAACCGGUGCCCAAUUUGUCGACAGCCUGUUGAGAGGCUUUUGGAGAUCAAAGUCAGUAAUGGGGCAGAGGAUUGAAGAGAAAGUAGACUUGUUGCUGGUGCUAAUUUUCCUUGUCCCCACAUAAUUUUCCAAUUUCCCCAAAUUUUUUAGUUGGCAAUAAUCAGAGACAGGAAAGCAGUUUUCCUUGAAUAUAAAUGCUAGUUCUUUUAUGGAGCUCAUUGGCCCAGGAGCAUGGCAAGCCAAUUAAUGAUGUAUGCUUGUGGGUGUGCUGGGGCACCGUUUUUCUAAGUUAUUACCAUUUUACAUAAAAUAUGUAUAGUAUGUUUGGCUUUGGUUUUGGUUUUGGUUUGAUUUUGUUGGAUGAUUAAGAAGCUGUAGUGAUUUUGUUUCCUUUCCA